GCGACGGUGAAAGAUAAUCCCUUUUGUAAAUUUCCCUCUCUGGUCUAGCCACGAAAGGAGAGAGAGAGAGAUGGACCCUGAAGCUGCCAGCCCAGAGCCGCCUCUUCACCCUCCCCCCCCUCUCCCGCCGCCCCCAGGACCCCGGCACCGGGGGGCGCCAGCGAGCAGCCGGUGCGACGAAGAGCUGACCAGCCUGAACUGGCUCCACGAGAACACCAACCUGCUUCAAGAGCUGAGGCUGGGGGGAGAUGGGGAGCAACCCCCGUCUCUCACCACCCUCCUCCUCCGAGGCGCGCUCACGGACUGCCAGGGCCACGGACAGGGCUCCCCCAGGAUCCAGCUCCCUCCUGGGGCUGGCGAGCCCAGGUCAGACCCCGCUUCCACCUCCUCGUCGUGCUGCAAGCCCCCUUACUCCUUCAGCAGCCUGAUCUUCAUGGCCAUCGACGGCUCUCCCAACCGGUGCCUCCCGGUGAAGGAUAUCUACGACUGGAUCCUGGUCUCUUUUCCCUACUUCCAGAAAGCGCCGGCGGGCUGGAAAAACUCCAUCCGGCACAACCUGUCCCUGAGCAAGUGCUUCAAGAAGAUGAGGAAGGACAAGAGCAAGAACAUGGGAAAGGGCUCGCUGUGGAGCGUGGACCCGGAUUACAGACCUGCCCUCCUGGAAGCUGUCCGGAAAACCAGCAGCUGCAUCGGGACACUCCAGCUAAUGACAGACUGCAGCCCCAGCGUUGCAGCUCCCUACACAGAGGAGCCCUGCGAUUAUCCAGGCUCCGAACCCCAAAAUCCUUCCCCGGUCGCCGUCUCCCCCGACGCCCCCUGCCUCUGGGGGUCAAACCCUUUGACCUCCGACCCCAGCGAGGACCACAACUACAGCAUCUACAAGAUGGCAGCCUGCCUGGCGGCCGGGGGCGUGUUCCAGGUGGAUGUGGGCGUGGCCGGGCCCGGGGGGGAGGGGCUGGAGGAGCUGGGGGCGAUCGAGUACUGCGAGGAGGAGGAGGAGGAGGAAGGGGGGGGCUGCGUCAAGGACCCCCUGGCGGACAGCGGCUACAUCGAGUAUUUUGUGUUCGAGGCGGAGGGCGGCGCCAGCGUGGACCUGCGGGUUCUGGAGCCCGAUCUGGACCUGCAGGAAGCGGCCGGGUCUCUCCUCAACCUGGCCGGCCUCAGUUACUCGCAUUAAAGGCAGCGCUGUUUUGUUUUUUUCAAA